AUGGACAGUUGUUGGCAGUUCGACAGCAGUUGGAACAGGCUAGACAGGAUAAAGAGGCUGUCUACAGAGGAGUAUUACCAAGAAGUGUGCAGACAACUGGGUGAGAAGGAUCACUUGCUGACCGAAUGUCAGCGGAAGGCUGACCGUGAUGUCGAAGCAGCUCAUAUGGAGGUGGCCAGACUAAUGGCUUCUCAUGAACAGGAAAAAGAACGAAUGGAGCUGGACCUCAUGAAAGUUAGAGAAGAAUUGAAUGACGUCAGGGACCAGCUGAAGCAGAAAGACUUGCAGCUCGUCAGUUUUGGUCGUACCUUGCAGGACUUAGAGGAUGCAACAAGAGAGAAGAGGGAUUUUGAGAUGAAGGCUGAGCGGUUAGCAAUAACACUUGAUGAGUCACGUCUCCAUCUGGAGUCCGUGAAUCGGGAGAUGACCUCACUCAGAGAUAUCAAUACACAGCUGCAGGACAACCUCAGCAGGAGCCAGGCAAAUGAGAUAAAUCUCCAGGAACAAAUACGGCUCAUUCAGGGCUCAGCAGACAGCCAAGCUACAGAACUAAGGCAUAUGAUGGAGGGCAUGAAAGCACACCAUGAGUUUGAGAAGAAGAGCUUGAAAGAUGCAUUAUCACACAUGGAGGCCCAGUUGAAAAUAACAGAGGGAGAUCUCAGAGCAGCUUUGGAGAAUCAAGAACAAUUGAAGGGGGAGAAACAUUCCUUGGAACACACCUUAAACAGCACUAAGACACAAGUUACAGAGCAAAGCACUGCACUGCAGGUAUCACAGGAGAAGCUGAGUGUACUGAAGGUGCAGAUGAAUGAUGCAGAGAAAAGUAAAUUUUCCUCUGAGAAGCAAGUUGUGGAACUCCAAGAAUCUAUCACAAGACUGCAGACAGAAAUACUGUCUAAAGGGGAGCACAUCAGGACCCUUACUUGCGACCUGCAGGAAGCUGAAGGUGCUGUCGAAGCAAAAAAUUCUGAACUACAAGGCAAACAAGAACAAAUUGAUAUCUUGAAAGAGGAAGGUCAGCAAACUUCAGCAGGCUCUGGAGAGCCAGCAGCAUCAACUGGCAUCAAGGAUGCGAAAAUCUACCACUGA